GAUAUUUGGUGAUCUGGCACGGUGUGAGCAGCAGAGGCCGAUAAGAAGGCUGAAUUGACGUCUCGUCGCCGACUCUCUUGAAGGGAAAUUAUACAUCGCUCACAGUGUUCUCCGUGGCCCUGUCACCACACGAAAAUGGUACUGUUGUCGGCAUCUGUCAUCACGAAGUCCGGCAAGGCGCUUGCUUCUAGGCAUUUCAUCGAAAUCAGCCGCUCUAGGAUCGAAGGGCUACUGGCCGCGUUCCCGAGACUCUUAGGCAAGAGUGCGAAACAGCAUACCUUCGUGGAAACAGAUGCUGUUCGCUACGUUUACCAGCCCCUGCUGGACAAGCUCUACAUGGUUCUCAUAACGACGAAAACCUCUAACAUAUUGGAAGAUCUGGAAAUGCUUCGCCUCUUCGCGAAGGUUGUCGCCGAGUACUGCCAUUCUUUGGAGGAGAGUGAUGUGAUCGCUUCUUCACUACAGCUGAUUUUGGCCUUUGACGAAUUGGUCGCUAUGGGCUACCGUGAAAAUGUAACCCUUGCUCAGAUUCGAACGUUUGUGGAGAUGGACUCUCAGGAAGAAAAAGCCGCAAUCGCUGCAAGAAUGAGUCAAGAACGAGAAGCGAAACUUAAAAUGAAGGAGAAAGCGAAAGAACUCCAGCGUCAACGAGUCGAAGCUGCGAAGAAGGGCCUCAUCAACCGCGGAGGUACGGCCAUAAGCUCUGGCGGUUUCAACUCUUCGUCUUUCCAAUCCGCGCCAAUGGUUGCAACCACCGAAUCGACACCGAAGAGCAAUUACCAGGCAAAAGCGAAAUCGUCAGCAUCGAAGGGUCUCAAGCUCGGUUCCAAAGCAAAGGAGUGGGACCAAUUUGCGAACCAGCUCAAGCAAGAGGGCGAGCGAGUUGCGUCCGUGAAUCCCUCUCAGGCUCACGCCAAAGGCUCAACGUCUCCCGUGAACUCCGCACAGCAGCCGGACCGAGAAGCAGUGCAUCUGACGAGCGACGAGAAGAUUACCUGCAGACUGCAGCGGGAGGGCGGGCUCCAAUCGCUCGAAGUGCAUGGCAUGUUAACCCUCCGGAUCUUCGAAGAAAAUGCUGCUCUCGUGAGAAUUCAAAUGGAGAACAAAGACACUCGGAAUUUCCAAUUCAAUCAACAUCCCAACAUAGAUAAAGAACUUUUCCGGCAAGCCGGCUGCAUUGGCUUGAAGAGUGCUGGGAAGGCUUUCCCGGUGAAUGCAGACGUCGGCGUUCUGAAGUGGAGAUUACAAAGUACUGACGAAUCUCUCGUUCCGCUCUCUGUUAACACAUGGGUCAAUGACAACGGCAACGGCGGUUGCGAAUGCAAUAUCGAGUAUGAGCUGACUCAACCACAGCUUCAACUGACAAAUGUGACUAUAUCGAUUCCUGUUCAUGGAGGCUCGCCAACGAUCGCCGAAUGCGAAGGUGACUACAAUUUCGAUGCGCGUCGAAAUGUUCUUGAGUGGAAAAUCCAGCUCAUCGAUUCCGGCUCUCCUGGGGGAGUGAUCGAAUUCGUAGCUUGUGGCCGACCAGAAGAUUUUUUCCCUAUCGGAGUGCAGUUCUCAUCGACGACACCGUACUCUCAAAUUGCUGUCGCGGGCGUUGUGCACUCAGAAUCUAAGCAAGCAGUCAAGUAUUCAUUGGAACAGAGCUUCAUCGCUGAAGCCGAUAAGUAUCAGAUAAUUUAGGUGGGGAAGCGGUCCACGAGAACUUCUGCAAUUUAAUCGAAUAAAUCUCCUUA